AUGUCCCCUCCCGACCCCAUCAUAGUCAUCGGCGCCGGCGUCCUCGGCCUCUCCGUCGCGCACACACUCCAAACCCGCCACCCCAGCACGCCCCUCCUCAUCAUCGCCACCGAACUGCCCACAGACCCCCAAUCGCACUACACGCCCGACUACGCCUCCCCCUGGGCGGGCGCCCACUACCGCCCCAUCCCCGCCACCACGCCACAACUCGCCUCAGAGCGGACCCUCGCCCUCUCCACCGCCACCACCAUGCAGCGCCUCGCCUCCACGCACCACCCCUCGACCACGGGCCUCGCCCUCCUCCCCGCAAUCGAGUAUCUGGAGCGGCCCGGCCCGGGCGAACUCGCCCUGCGCACCGGCGACACCUACGCCUCCCCCACCGACAACUUCCGCAUCUUGGCUACCUCGGAGCUGCCCCCCGACGUGCAGUGGGGCUGCGCCUACGACACCUACUGCGUCAACACGCCGCUGUACCUGCGCUGGCUGUUGCGGGAAUGCCAGAAGCGCGGCGCCCGCGUGCUGCGGCACCGGCUCCCCAACGCGAAAGCCGCGUUCGGCGCGGCGGAGAAGUUGGGUUUUCCGGGGGCGCGCACGGUCGUGAACUGCAGCGGGCGGAAUUUCGACGGGGAUGCGAAGGUGGGGAUCAUCAGGGGCCAGACGGUGCUGGUGCGGCGGGAGUUUGACAAGACGGUUACGCGGCAGUGCGGGGAUGGGAGUUGGAGUUUCUUGAUUCCCAGGCCCGGAGGUGGGGGCACCAUUGUGGGUGGGACGAAGGAGGUGGGGGAUUGGGAGGGGGAGGUGAGGGUGGAGACGCGGGAGCGGUUGUUGAGGAGGGCGAGAGAGUGUUUCCCGGAGUUUGCGCAUGGGUUGGGCGCUGAAGAGGUGGUGAGGGAUGUGGUGGGGAGGAGGCCGUGGAGGGAGGGUGGGCUGCGGAUCGAGAGCGAGGAUGUAGGGGGUGGAAAGACGGUGGUGCAUGGGUACGGUGCUGGGGGUAGGGGCUUUGAGCUGAGCUGGGGCGUUGCAGAGCAUGUGGUGGGACUGGUAGAAGAAGGAGGGAGAUUGAAGGCUUCGCUUUAA